CGGGGCCCGGGGGCAACGCGGGGCAGCCGGGCCUGCUCCCGGACGCCCCGACUGCGCGCCUUUCCCGCUCGGGCGGCGCCCUGCGGGCGAGCGGCGGGGGCGCGGCGGGAGAGCCGGUGCCCGCCGACCUGGAAUGGAGGCGUCUCGGGAGCCGGAUUCAGAGCGCUUGCCCGCAGCUCGACAGCCUGACUUCGCGUGAGACCCGCAGGACCGGCCGCGGAGGAGUGACCUGCCGACCUCGGGGCUCGCGAGUGCCGCGUCCCCGCUCUCCAGAACGCCUUCCAGCCCCGCACCCCGCCCGGGUGUCCGCGAGCGGUGGGCGGGCACAGGCGCCCCAGGGGCUGGUCUGCGCCUCUGUCGAGGCCCCUGCCUGGCUCUGCGCGCUCUAGCCUCCGCCCUCUGCCUGGGGUCAACUUUGUUGGGGCAGAGAGAGCCCCUGGCGGCUCUCGGUGCGGAGAAGCCAGUGGCCCUGGGGGACGACUCGGGAACAGACCGGGAGCGCCUGGCCUCAGUCGGUCUCAGGGGGGAGGGCGGAGAAUAUCAGGGCGCGGCCUAGCUCCCAGAGGCCCUCCGCGGCCUACAGCACCUCCCGGCCAGAAGGGCUAGCGCAGGCCUCUAACCUUCGGCGCUGGCUCUCCUCAGGCCCCUUCGGCCCGUGGCUCCUUUAGCACUCCAGGCCAGUAGGCGCAUGUCCGGGAAGCUGUGCCGCUGCCCUGUUGGAGGGGAACCUCUCCUGGGUGUAUUCAGAACCCAGGGUCCCUGCAGAGACGUGGGUUCAGCUUGCGAGUCUAUGCAGGCACAUUUAGCUGCUGAUACCUGAGAUGUUCACAGUCUUGCUCUGUCCUCUCUUAGAGGGAAACCUCGGGGCCUCAGCUCAAGGCUGGGCCUUUCAGGAAAGGGCACUCGGAUAUUAUUCCAGUAUCUUCCCCGGGACAAAGCGAACCCAGAAAGUAUCCCGGUUCCAGGGGGCCGGCCUCAGGCAGGGCGCUGGUUGUCAGCGGGAUGUUCUGGGGUGCUCCAGAUGGGAGACAGGCCUGACGGACCCUGAAUCCAGCACUGGAUAGCAGGGCCUAGACCCCUCCGGCAGCACAGAGCUUCCCCAAACAGGGCGGUCAUCCAGGCCCCCGUGUCACAGGCCUGGGGCAGCGUGAAGCGGGGGUCGGUGUGCAACGGCCUUGGAAAGUAGCCGCGCCUAGGAGCCGGCGGCCCCGGAGCAGUGGCCGCGCCACGCCGGCCACCGCGCGCAGGACACCGCCGGCCCCGCCCGCCGGCCCCGGGCGGCGCCCGCCAUGUCCUACCCGCAGUUUGGAUACCCCUAUUCCUCCGCACCCCAGUUCCUGAUGACCACCAACUCCCUGAGCACGUGCUGUGAGUCGGGGGGCCGCACGCUGGCCGACUCCGGGCCCGCCGCCUCGGCCCAGGCGCCUGUCUACUGCCCGGUCUACGAGAGCCGGCUGCUGGCCACCGCGCGCCACGAGCUCAACUCCGCCGCAGCGCUCGGCGUCUACGGGGGCCCCUAUGGCGGCUCGCAGGGCUACGGCAACUACGUGACCUACGGCUCCGAGGCGUCCGCCUUCUACUCGCUGAAUGGCUUCGACUCCAAGGACGGGCCUGGAUCUGCGCAUGCGGGCCUCGCGCCUGCAGCGGCUGCUGCUUACUACCCCUACGAGCCAGCGUUGGGCCAGUAUCCCUAUGACAGGUACGGGACCAUGGACAGCGGCACGCGGCGGAAGAACGCCACGCGGGAGACCACCAGCACGCUCAAGGCCUGGCUGCAGGAGCACCGCAAGAACCCAUACCCCACCAAGGGCGAGAAGAUCAUGCUGGCCAUCAUCACCAAGAUGACCCUCACGCAGGUGUCCACCUGGUUCGCCAACGCGCGCCGCCGCCUCAAGAAGGAGAACAAGAUGACGUGGCCUCCGCGGAACAAAUGCGCAGAUGAGAAGCGCACCUACGCGGAGGGCGAGGAGGAAGAAGGGGCGGAGGAGGAAGCCCGGGCGGAGCCCCUCAGGAGCACCAAGAACGAAGAGCCCGUGGGCAAAGAGGAAAAGGAUCUGGAGCUCACUGACCUGGAGGACUUCGACCCGCUGGAGGCGGAGCCCCCUGAGUGCGAGCUGAAACCGCCCUUCCAGCCCCUGGAUGGCGGUCUGGAGCGCAUUCCUGCCGCACCGGAUGCUCCAAGCGCCCCGGGAAAGGAGGCCUCUGGCACCCUCCGGAUGCCCCUGGCUGCCGGUGGUGGGGCCCCCCUGGACCAGGACCUAGAGAGGGCCAGGAGCUGCCUCCGGACCACAGCGGCAGGGCCGGAGCACCAGUCCAGUGUCGGGGGCGUCUUGAAGGCUUGCGAGGCCAAGCUGGGCUUCGCGCCCGCUGGGGCAACGGCGGGCCUCGAGGCCAAGCCGCGCAUCUGGUCCCUGGCUCACACGGCGACCGCUGCUGCCACGGCCCUGAGCCAGACUGAGUUUCCGUCAUGCAUGCUCAAGCGUCAAGGCCCGGCGGCCCCUGCCGCCACCUCCUUGGCUCCUGCCUCGUCCUCGCCUGCGGCCUCGGCCCCCACUGGUGCCCUGGACAGGCACCAGGACUCCCCGGUAACCAGUCUCAGAAACUGGGUGGAUGGGGUCUUUCACGAUCCCAUCCUCAGGCACAGCACUUUGAACCAGGCCUGGGCCACCGCCAAGGGCGCCCUCCUGGACCCAGGACCGCUGGGACGCUCGUUGGGGGCAGGCGCCAACGUGCUGACGACGCCCCUGGCGCGCGCUUUCCCGCCCGCCGCACCCCAUGACGCCCCCACCUCAGGGGCAGCCAAGGAGCCGCUGGCCCUUCCGAAGGCGGGAGGCAAGCCCUUCUGCGCCUGACCGGCCCGCCCCUGAGCGGAGGAGGAGCCCAGGCUCGGCUGCAGGCCGGUGGGUCACAGACUCUUUUUUCUACCAAGUUUCCAAAGCAGAACGAGAACGUGGCAAGGUUCAGGCAGCGAACCCACUGUGGAGGGAGGAGCCGAGCUCGGCCGGGCCAGGCCACAGACCAGGGCCACCGACCCCACUCAAACAUUCGCUAGUUCAGGCCAUUCCCAGACUCCGAGAGCCCUCAGGCAGGGCCGCGCUCGGAGCAGAAGGGAGCCACCCUGAGGCAUAAAGUUUACGAGCGAAAGUUUACAUGGAGAAGACAUUUCCCUUCCAAGGCGCUGUCGGUUUGCCUGUCUUCCUUCGGGUUUGAGGCUUGCCUGAGCUCCUCCUGAAGACUCAUCAGCCCAUGAACCUGAUCGCGUCCUCUGCACACUGGCCAACAGCACUCCACCUCGUUCACACUAUUGCACACUCUUAACGCGAUAAAAUUAUGUUUUUUUUAAAUGUAUGUUCACACCAAUAAUUGCCUGCUUCAGAGGCUAAUAUAAGAAAACCAAUAAACCGA